AUGGACAACAAAAAAUCGCCGAUACGACGCGCGAAACGUUCAGCCAAAGUUCUCGAGGACAAUUUUUGGGAUUGCAGUGUGUGUACGUUCAGGAACACCGCGGAAGCGUUCAAGUGUCUGAUGUGCGAUGUGAGAAAGGGCACGUCCACAAGAAAGCCGCGGAUAAACCCGCAAUUGGCCGCCCAGCAAGUGGCCAGCCAAUUUUUGCCGGCCACCAGCAACCCGAAAAAGGAGAAAAAAGACAAGAAAUCGAUGAAGAAGCGUCGCCAUCCGCCGAGGCUGAAGAACGUCGAUAGGAGCAGCGCCCAGACGAGGGAGGUAACGGUGAAUAGUGUAACGGUGGUGAUAACCGAGUACAAACCGAAAAUCAAGUCCGCGGAAACCGUGUCGAGCUCGAGUUCCUCGGACCAUGGGUCGCAAAGUGAGUCCAGCAUGGACGCAAGAUGA